CAGAGCAGCCAGAGGAACAGAGAGGCUGAGAACAAUCCAACUGUUCCCAAAACUGACGCUGAAUUCACCUCCUCAGCCUCCAACAUGAAGGUCUCCGUAGCACUCGUCUGCCUACUCGUCGCAGCAGCUACCUUCAUCUGCCAGGUGUUUUCUCAGCCAGAUGCAGUUAAUUCCCCAGUCACCUGUUGCUACACAUUCGUCGAUAAGAAGAUUGUUGUUCAGAGGCUGGCGAGCUAUAGAAAAGUCACCAAUGCCAGGUGUCCCAAAGAAGCUGUGAUAUUCAAGACCAAACUGGCCAAGGAGCUCUGUGCUGACCCCAAGCAGAAGUGGGUCCGGGAUUCCACUGCAUACCUGGACAAGAAAACUCAGAUGUCAAAGCCCAAAACCCAUAAUUCCGCAGCUCACUCCACAACCCAAGAAUCCACAAUUUAUUCCACAACACGAGAAUCUACAACUUACCCUACAACCGGAGAAUCUGCAGCUAAUUUAUUUUCCUCUAGCUUUUCCUAGAUGCCCUCUGUUAUUAUUUUAUUAUAACCCCAUAGAAUAUGAACUUUGUUUAUUGAUAUGAAAUAUGAUGCCUUAAGUAAUUCUUAUCUUAUUUAAAUUAUUGGUAUUUUAACUUUAUCUUCUUUACAUUGUUUUCCCUCCGUGAACUCUGAUUCCAUUCCCGGAGUGUUGUGAGCGUCCUUGCAAGGAUCAUUUGCACAAAGACUUUUUGUUUUAAAUUCCAAGGCAUUGUAAAAAUAUUAUUGUGGAAAUGAAUGUUAUUGUAUAAGUAUCAAAACAAAUAUAUAUUUUUGUACAAAA